AUGCGGGCAGACUGGCAAGUACUACCCGUGGGAACCAAGAUUUCCCAGAACCCGGGAGCUGCGCUGCUCAGUAGUAAUCAGUUACAGGGUGGCAUCGGCGUGAGGGGGCGAGGUGGUUGGAAGCCCGCACGCCGCACCGAAAAACCGACAGAAAAAGAGGCAACCAAAGAAAAUGACAGCUCAAGUAUCAUCUCGCUUCUACUUCUUUUGGUCAUUCUGCGUAGAGCUUCUGUUCCAUUUGUGGAGAAUGCAGCUGCUGAAUGGUCUGGUUCCUGCGCCAUAUGGGAGGCGAUGCUGGCCAAGUUAAGCAGGGAGAGCCAGGCACACACACAACGCCUCUCUUCCCCGCUUCUAUCGGUUGAGGCCAUGUACCUGGACUUGUGCUGCAAUAUUUGCUUCUGGAAGCUCAUAGACCGUGGGCUUGUGGUAGCGAGACGUUAG